CGUCAGGGCCGCCAAGAUGGCGGAGGGGGAGGAGGCGGGCUGGUGGCGGAGCUGGCUGCAGCAGAGCUACCAGGCGGUCAAGGAGAAGUCCACAGAAGCUUUGGAGUUCAUGAAGCGGGACUUGGCUGAGUUCACCCAGGUGGUGCAGCAUGACACAGCCUGCACCAUCGCUGCUACAGCCAGCGUGGUCAAGGACAAGCUGGCAAGGACAGAAGGUUCCUCAGGUGCGACCGAAAAGGUGAGGAAAGGUCUCUCUGACUUCUUGGGUGUCAUCUCGGACACCUUUGCUCCCUCACCAGACAAGACCAUAGACUGCGAUGUGAUAACCCUGAUGGCAACACCUACAGGUACCACCGAGCCCUACGACAGCGCCAAGGCUCGCCUCUACAGCCUCCAGUCUGACCCUGCCACCUACUGCAACGAGCCUGAUGGCCCUGCUGAGCUCCUUGAGGCCUGGCUCUCCCAGUUUAACCUAGAGGAGAAGAAAGGGGAGAUUGCAGAGCUGCUGGCAACCAGCCCGUCCAUCCGGGCUCUCUACACCAAAAUGGUCCCAGGGGCCGUUUCCCACGCCGAGUUCUGGCAGCGCUACUUCUACAAAGUUCAUCGUCUGGAGCAGGAUGAAGCCCGGAGGGAGGCUCUGAAGCAGCGAGCAGAGCAGAGCAUUCACCAAGAGGAGCCAGGCUGGGAGGAGGAUGAAGAGGAGUUCUUGGGGAUGUCACCCCUGCCUUGUGCAAACAUGAAAUUUCCAGAAGCAGCAGAGAAAGAAUCUGCCCCUGCAGCCCUGGAGGGAAACCAUCCCACUGCUCCCAAGGGGCCCUCAGAGGAAAGCUGGGCCAUCCUCCCUCCGGAGCCAGCCCCAGCAGAGGGGAGCCCCUCUGAGAGCAGUGAGAGCAUCUCCCUUGUGACUCAGAUUGCAAACCCUGCCUCUGUGCCUGCUGCACAGCUACAGGCUGGAGCACAACCAGCUGGAGACCUCUCCCAGAGGCUGCUGGAGGCCACCUCGGAAGAGCAGAGCUCCCUGCCAAAGCCCCCAGAACCUGGCCAGCCUUCUGCACCUGCCCGGGGGUCAGCAGCAUCCUCAGAGCAAGUGGCUGUUGCAGAGCUCAGAGAGGUGGAGAGCAGAGCCCAGGGCAGGCCAGAGACUCUGAAAGAGGAAGGACCAACGGAUCUACGGGUCUUCGAGCUGAACUCGGAUAGUGGGAAGUCCACCCCCUCCAACAAUGGCAAGAAAGGCUCCAGCACGGAUAUCAGUGAGGACUGGGAGAAGGACUUUGAUUUGGACAUGACGGAAGAGGAGGUGCAGCUGGCACUGUCCAAGGUGGAAGUGUCUGGGGAGCUGGAAGAUGAAGAGUGGGAAGACUGGGAAUAAAGCGACUGCUUCCAGUGUGUGUCACAGGCUCAUUUCCACCAUCAAAUGUGAAUUAAUUCACAGACCGGCUGUUCCUUUGUGUGUAACUGUGCUGGGGAUUGCAGUUCCAGGCUGGAGGAGUUUUAUUCCUGCUAAAUCCUUGUGGGCAACUCAAGUGAUUCCUUCAGACCUGGAGGAGGAGGAAGCAGAAGUUCACUUGUACACGUAGCUGCUAGGGAGCCUGUCUUCUCAGUAGGUCCUAGAAACUGGCCAAGCCAAAACUGGCUCCUGAAAUUGUCAGAGCAGACAUGGUGCAGUGUGGGGUAGCUGGGCACCUGGACAUCCAGCAGGGUUGCUUGGUACCCUCAGACUGACUGUUUGUGUGUGCACGUGUCAUCUGCAGCAGAGCAGUGCAAAGGCUCCUGGAUACAAGCUGCUGCUCUCUGCUGCUGGCCCAACCUUCCCUGGAAUGAGCCCCCAUGCAGGGAGAGCCCAGGAGCUGGAGGUGCUGCAGGAGGAGCCCGUGCUGCUGUGUCACUCCUUGCAGCAGAGAAAGGCAGUUGGUUUGUGGCAUUGACCCGAAGCUGGGCCGUGCUGGAAGGAGCCAAACUCCCUGCCAAACCCUGAGCUUCUGCCUGCCUUUUUGUCUUGGAAGCUUUUUUUAAUGGAAACUGCUGUUUCCUGCUGCAAGAGCAGCAGCUCCUCUGAGAACUGAGGCUGCUGCCUUCCCCUCUGCAGCUGCACUGCCGUCCUCCGCUGGGUUUUGUGUUCUUACAGUUAAAUUUCCCAAACAAAGUACUUGUGACUUGCUCUUGCUUGAGCCCUUCUGAUCCAGCAAUGGUUUGGAUCUCCCUGGGAGGCUGAACCUCUCCCUUGUGUUGUCCAGCUUGGCCCUUGCCAAGCCCCAGUCUGGCCCUCUGACCACUCUAACCUCCACCUGGGCACUGGGGCUUGGCCUUUCCCCCUCUCAGCCUAGGGGGGAGACAGAAUAAGCCAGGUGUGGGUGGUACUUGUUGGCUGAAGCUGGGUCUGGCUGCUCCUCUGACUCCCCUUGUGUCCCGUGGCCACCAAGGUCACACACCUGGCUGUGCUUGCUGACUUGGGUCCCCUCCCCAAAGCCCCUCCUGACUGCUUGCCAUGCUUCCUUCAGACCCACGGCCUCUCUUCUUGGGGCAUUUCCCUUCUAACAGCAUGAGAUGCUCCUCAGUGGAUGUUGCUAAUACACGUUAUCCUUAGGGGGCAGAGUCCUCCCUCUCUCUCUGGCCUUUCUGGUGGUGGUUUGAUACCUGCUGCCUUUGUCCUUCUGCCCGUUCCAGGGCUGCUUCACUGGAGCUGAGGGUUUCCUUCUGAUUUUGGAGAGCAUUAACCUAGCUGCACUUGAAAGAGUUGGGCUUUUGUGUUGGGUGGGGGUUUUUCCCCCCCCCCAUUCUUUGGGAAGGUUCUCAGAGCUGCCCAUGCACAGAGAUUGGUGGCAGUGGUGACUUCAGGUGCUUGCACAAGAGCGUGUCUGUCCUGACAAACCCCCAGGGACUGAGCUGCAGCCUCACCCUGUCCUGGGAUCAAAUGGAGCUGCAGCAGGAAAACCUGCUGGGAGGUGACACCCAGGGGGUGCCCUGGCAGGGGCUGGGGGCUGUAUUCCCUCGGGGUUGUGUUCCCUGGGGUGUUUGCUGGUACGAAGUGUGGCUGGAUCCCUGGGCUGCAGAGAGCUCUGAGGGUGCAGUGCUCUCAUCUGUGUCACGUUUUUUCUUUCUUUAGUCAAAUUAACCGUUUGGUUGUCUGUGCAAUAUUCUCUGUUCUAAACUAUUCCACAUCUCCCUGAGCCUUUUUUAGCUGGGGUGAAAACCAGAAACACUUCUAACAGCUGGUAGUUUUGUAACAAUGACUUUCUCCAAACCUUUUACAGACUUGCAGUUAACAGCAAAUAAAGGAAUUCUACAGAGCCUC